GACGUCGCACCCGGAAGUGAAGCGGCUCCGCGACGGAGCGGCAGCGCGCGCGGCAGUGCCCCAAGUAUCCCGCUUUCUCGGGAAGAAACCACCGCAUCGGGUCAGCGCUGAGGCAGGCGAGUCCCUAGCGUGUAGGGGCAGCAUGCCAGCGGCACGUGGGGAGACUGUACGCGAAGGGAUUCAGGCUGUAAUUUGAUACGCAGACGGGAACUACAAUACCCGUAGUGCCUCACGCCCUUCUAGCUGGCGCUCCCGCGCGGCGACGGCGUGAUGCACGCUGGGAUUUGUAGUCUAUUACACGGCCUUGCGCAUCCUACCUGGAAGGUGGGCCAGUGAUCAGUGCCAGUUCAGAUGCGGGUACAGGCCGACAGGCCGCCGGUCCUCGACUAUUCCUGCUGCCUGUGUUGGCUACAGCCAUUGGCCUGGUUGACCAUGGCCCUUUCUGUGGAGACCGAGUCGCACAUCUACAGAGCUCUGCGCACUGCCUCUGGGGCUGCUGCCCACCUUGUGGCCCUGGGUUUUACCAUCUUUGUGGCUGUGCUUGCCAGGCCUGGCUCCAGUCUGUUCUCCUGGCACCCCACGCUUAUGUCUCUGGCUUUCUCCUUCCUGAUGACCGAGGCACUGCUGGUGUUCUCUCCGGAGAGUUCGCUGCUGCGCUCCCUCUCGCGGAAGGGCCGAGCACGCUGCCACUGGGUGCUGCAGCUGCUGGCCCUGCUGUGUGCACUGCUGGGCCUAGGUCUUGUCAUCCUCCACAAGGAACAGCUUGGCAAAGCCCACCUGGCCACGUGGCAUGGGCGGGCAGGGCUGAUAGCUGUGCUGUGGGCAGGCUUACAAUGCUUGGGUGGGGUGGGGCUGCUCUACCCUAAACUGCUGCCCCGAUGGCCCCUGGCUAAGCUCAAGCUGUACCAUGCCACUUCUGGGCUAGUGGGCUACCUUCUGGGUAGUGCCAGCCUCUUGUUGGGCAUGUGUUCACUCUGGUUCACUGCCACAGUCACUGGUGGGGUCUGGUAUCUGGCUGUGCUGUGCCCUGUCAUUACCAGCUUGGUCAUCAUGAAUCAGGUGAGCAACGCCUACCUGUAUCGCAAAAGGAUCCAGCCAUGAGCUCCUCCCAGCCUAGAAGCCUGGAUAUGCCCCUCAGUGUAGUAGCUGGGGCUGGGACCUCCUGGAUUCUCUCAGCCAAGUCAUGGGGACACCUCAGGCACUGGGGCCGUGUAGAAUAGGAGUCUUGUGUGUGACAUUUUUGCUUGCUCCUCAUCCUGGAGUGCUUCCCCUUUCCUUCUGUACUGUCCCAGAGGAGCUUAUGGAUGAUGUGUCCAGAUGAAGUUGGGGUUGCAAGACUACUUCCCCGGCAACUCAACUCAUACUUGUACUGGUAUGUCCAGAAAUUAUAGGAGAGAAAAAAGCAAAAUAAAAAAGAAUGACUGAAAA